AUGGCAGGAGCUCAGCCAGAGAACGGCGGGGCAGCAGGGGCUCCAGCAGGGUGCUCGGACGCUGCCUCUGCUGGGGCAGGUGAGGUGGGAAGGCCCUGGGAAGACCCUGGGAAGUCCCUGCACGAGCUGAGCCUGGCGCUGCCACGCCACCCAGCAGUCCCCUCCCGGGUACGCCUGAAGUGGCUGGGCCUGGCCUGGCUGCUGCUGGCCCGGGCACCGGGGACCCCGAGCGCGCCGCGGAGGCCGCGCAGCUAUCCGCACCUGGAGGGCGACGUGCGCUGGCGGCGCCUCUUCUCCUCCACCCACUUCUUCCUCCGUGUGGACCCCAGCGGCCGCGUGCAGGGCACCCACUGGCGCCACGGCCAGGACAGCAUUGUUGAGAUCCGUGCAGUCCGUGUGGGCACCGUGGUCAUCAAGGCUGUGCACACAGGCUUCUACGUGGCCAUGAACCGCCAGGGCCGCCUCUAUGGGUCGGUGAGCCGCCCCCCCGCCCGGCCCAUGUUCCUGGCGCUGGACGGGCGGGGGGUGCCCCGGAGAGGCAGCCGGACACGGAGGCACCAUCUGUCCACCCACUUCCUGCCCGUCCUGGUCUCCUGAGGCCCCAGAUGUGGCGAAGAUCCCUGUGCUGAGCAGUGCUGCCCGGACGGGCUCAGGCCAUGGCGUCCCCCCAUGUGCCCCGAGCACCACCGUGUGCCCAGCCUGUGCUGGGCGCAGGACGCAGCCAGGUCCCUGUGAGGCCAGGCCAGGAGCCCCAGUCUGAGGAGGAGGCAAGCACUGGGCAGACACAGGGCCCACCAGGAGUGGGGGCCCCGGGGCACCUGCCAGGCUGGAGGGCACGUCAUGUGGGUGCCAGGUGGGAAGGGGCGGAGGCUGGGGCUGGAGGGCCUUGCCGGGGGCAGCCAUGAUGCCACACGACUCAGGGAGAGGUGCUGAAGUGAGCUGGCAAGACAGCGGCCCAACCGAGGCCUGGGGGUGGUCACCCUCGUGGACAGAGGGACAAAGCUGAGGACCCUGCACCAGGAGAUGGUCCAGUGUCCCCACAGGGUCCUUCUAGGAGGGACUAAAGGUGGGGGUGCAGGUGCGCUUCCCACUGGAGCCCCAGGAGGGCCAGCCCUGCCACCCCUAGCUCUGGCCAGGGAGGAGGCUCGGCCUGCCUCAGCCCAGAGCCCUGGGUGUGUCUGUAGGCUGUCAGGUGUAUGGUCACGAGUGACACUGCUGGACACGCGUCUGAGACCGUCAUUGGCUGUGGGCUCUGGCACUCCUGGAGAGAGUCCCCUGCCAGGGGACCCUGGUGCCACCUCGCCCCUGCUGGGAGGCGCUGGGCGCUCGAUGCCGGUCAAGCCAGCGGCUCGCCAGGGGUCCUGAUCCCGGUGUGAGGGAUGGAAGGCUGGUUGGACGUGACGGUGAAACCUGAGUGGGCUGCAGCGAGCGGCGUGGCCGUCUGCUCUGUAAGUGGUACGCCGCCCCACGGAGGCUGCAUACACACAUCCAUGAAACGCAGCCCAGCACCCUUCGGACGGCGGGCGCUGCAGGAAACCUGGCGGAGGAAAGGCCAGCCUGAGGAUGGGUCUGCUUCCAUGGAGCUGGAGUUGCUGGAGGACAGGCUGCCGGGCGGGGCGGGUCUGCCUUGGUCCUGGAUGGAGGUCAGAGGGAGGACCCCCCUGCAGAACCUCCACGCCUGCGCCCGGGCCGGACAUCUGUGCCCAGGUGGGUGUGACCCCGCUGGAGGAACAGUGCUGUGUGUUAUCCUUGGACUGUCAGUGAACAGUCCACCCCUGCUGGCCCCACGGCGUCCGGAACUGGACCUGUCUCCCUGCACUGCACACGGGAAGCUCCUGCUUUCCUGCGUAGGGACUCUGCAGGCGUGUGCUCCCUACACUGGCCCAGCUCCCUCAGUUGGGGCUGACCUGGGUACCAGGCCACCGAGUCUUUGCAGGCCUGACGCUGCAGGCAGCAGCCCAGAAACAGCUCCUUCCUCUGCUGGGCCGCCCACGGGGAGCGAGGCGGAUUCUCCAGCUCCUCCAUCUGGUCUCGGCCGUGGGAAACAGCUCCACCCCACCGCCAUACCCAGGGCAGAAAUAGGGGCCCCACGCCCAGGCCCUGGCUACUGUGGCCAGGUAGCCAGCCCUGGGUGGGGACAUAAGGCCCUCCUGACUGCUCACCACGGCCUCCUCUGCACAGGGGCUCGACCCUGGCUUCAGCAGCUGGGCGGCAGGCUGCCCGACUGCACUGGGCGCUCAAGGGGAAAGGAGACGCCACACCACCAGUUCUUUGUACGCAGGUGUAUUUCAAAUAGCUUUCAAGAUACACAUAGUUCUCCUUUAAAAAACGCCGAGCAGUUGAGUGAGUUCUGUCUUGCUGGUCGUCCUGGCGGUCCCCAGCCCUGUGCUCACUCAGUCCUGAGACCUCAGGGCAGCGGGGGACCCUCCACAGACCCUGAACGGCCAUGUCUGAGCUACAACGUCCAUUUAUUUCAAAGCAGUAAUAAUUUAAAAUUAUAAAAACCUUUCCACCGUUGAACAUUUAAGGGUGAGGUUAGAGACGAUGGGACUGAGGGCUGGAGCCCCUGCAGGGGCCGUGGGGCCACACCCCUCCGGAGCAGCCAGGGUGGCCCUUCGGUACCGGUACCGGGCAGCACCGCGCUGACCUCUGUCCCCGGGGUCGGGCAGUCCCCGAGCUCCGCCCAGUGGCCUGGGACAGGGAGGGCCGACCCGACAGCGCGGCCAGCGCCGAG